GAAGUAGUGAAAGAAGUGGUUGGAGGUAGUGCCGAUAAACCUCUAUUAACCAUUUUCAAAAGCGGCUUCACUUUAACUCCUAGCACCCCGCUUCAAGAUGACCCUGAUUUUCUAAAUCGUUUUGAAAACACUAAGAAUAAAGAAGUCUAUUUUGAUUAUUCUAAAUAUACCGGUGGUGAUUAUGUUUUUAUUGAUAACCAAGUCCUAGAAGGAAAACCCGAAAAAGAUUUAGAUAAAUAUGCUUUUCACCCCGAUAACCCCUCGAUUAAAAAAUUACUUGCCAAAAACCACUUACAACAACAAAACCGACGAUACGAGUUCGAAUUUAUAGUAUUUUAUUUAGAAAGGGAUAUCGAAAAAUAUGACCCCCAUACCCGUACUUAUUAUCUUAAUAAUGAAGCCAAAGUUAAAAAUGCUAAAGCCAGAAAAAUAAAUAUUCCUAUCAAGAUUGUUGAAAUUAUGCUCUUGCUUUGCGAAAGAAGAUUGAGAUUAAGGAGGGUUUUGGAGAUUGGAACUGGUUGUGGUAAUCUGGUAAUUUCUUUGGCUAAAAAUCAACCAAAUUGGAAUUUUUGGGCAGCUGACAUCAAUCAAAAGGCUCUGAAAGUAGCCAAAAAUAAUUCAACAAUCCACCAAGUAAAAAAUAUUGAGUUUAUUUAUAGCGACCUCUUUGACCGCCUAAAACAAGGUGAAAAAUUUAAUAUUAUUGUUUCUAAUCCGCCUUAUGUUAGCGUUGAAGAAUAUAAAAAACUUUCUCCGGCAGUUAAAGCCCAACCUGUCGAGGCCUUAGUGGCCGAAAACGAGGGUCACCAGCAGGCCGAAAAAGUUAUAAAAUUAAUAAUAGAAUACUUUCCUCAAGCCGAGGUUUCUAUUUUCCCUGAUGAUGAAGAACGUUCGCGGUAUAAUAUAAAAAUUGAAAAACAAGUUGUAAAGGUAGGCAAUGAUGAAUAUGAAAUCCGCACCAAGGAUGGCGGUGAACAGCCAAUAGAAUUUACCAAAGGUGAAAAAAAUGAGUUGUCAGACAAAGCGUUAGAUUUACAAUAUAGGAAAAAAGGCGAAGGAGAUGAUAAAUGA